GUCUUAUAUAUCUAACGGCUUUCAAUACUGAGAGGCUCUGCCAGGUAACCAGCGGAGAUUGGGCCGCCAUGAGUGGGUCGCCGGGCGUAACGAGGCUAUGCCCGCUGAUUGUGACCGCUGCAUCGGCAGGGCGUAACAUGAAGCUCAGCCUUCCUAGGGCCUGCUAUAGUUGCCUGAAUGCACUCAGCCUCUAGAUCUGUCUUUCCCGGACACUCUGCGCGAUCCACAAGCUCCAGUCAGACUGCCUUAUAACCUGCGUGGGACCCACAAUCCGUACUUGAAUGCGCGGACAGCAUGUCGCAUUCAAACACUAGCCCAUUAUCUGAGCGGCGCGAACGUUAUUCAUGGAUAUCGCUUCCUAAUGGCGAGGACUCCAGCGGGAUCACGCACCAUGAGCAUGCCGCACAGCGCGACAGCAUUGACCGGACUCGCAGGCCCGAAUCCCAACUACUGGACCAACGGGAACGCGAUAACACAUCUUUAAAUACUGCGCAUGAGAACGAAACGCUCUCCGCUUCCGGAAGCGACCAUGUGUCCGACCCAGCAUCUACUGCACUCGGUUUAGCGAGCGAUGACCGCUUGCUGAAUGAGCCGCGCUCAGGGAGCCUGGAUGAUACACGCCAGCCAAAGCUUCAAACCGAAAAACUGCGACCACCAACUAAGUGGCUGCCAUACACGCUGCGGCGCCCAUACCUGAUCACUCUUAGCCUAGUAUCGCUUAUACUCUCUACCGUCCUAGCAACCCUUAGCUGGCAGUCUUAUAAAAACCAUGGGCUCGGAGAUGAGGAUGGGUCCACUGGAAUACUCAUUGGAUGGAGAUAUACCCCCACUAUCGUCGCCAUUUUCUUCACGCAGGCUGUUGUGCAGGUUGCCGAGGACGUAAAGAGGACUGAAGCAUACGCACGCAUGGCCGACCCCAGAUCCAUCGAAGCCAAGUUCACCCUAUUCUAUCUGCCCAAGGUAUGGUGGAAAAGCAUCUUUGUAGGUUUCUCUCGAAAGCGGAGCGGCGGCCACCGGAGGUGGAAUCUGGCCUUGUCUUCGCUCGCAGCUGGUAUCAGUGUACUCAGCAUUUCGACCUUCUCAUCGUCCGUGUUCGUUGCAAAAGAAGUCUUGUAUCAGGAGGAUGUGCAGCUUCAACGGUAUGCCGCUGGCCAGACAAUUGGCAAAGAGUUGUCGCCCAUUCAGCUUUCACCUCGAAGGGAUACGUAUCUCCGGACUAUAAGUGGAUAUCUCUACAACGUAUCUACAUCUAUCUGGUCUUCAGAUUCGCAAGUCAUUGUACCUUUUGGAGCAUUAAAUGGCAACAAGAGCCAUGCAACGCUUCCGAACGGUAUAUGGCAAGCAGAUACUGAGGUGUUUCAUCUCAACUACAGUUGCACAUCGAUGGUUCUGGUCGAGAAGGAUAUAAUCGAUAUUACGUACAAGUAUACAGACAUUGCAAAAACGUCGUGUCCAAACGACACAUGUACUGUCAACUCAAAAGGUUUCAAAAUUCGAUCAGAGGACGGAUGUGAGGUCCAAAUCCAAGGCCCAAUCGCUCAGUGGAAUAAUUUCGGUUCCAUGUUGUCCUCGGAUGGCUUCAUCAGCGAUACCUUUACAGAUGAUGGCGGCUUGCUCUGGACGAACAUGUCUUCCAGUUACGUGUCGUGGGAAACACUUAUUCGAGAUUAUGGUCAGCCUCCAGCAAUUCGCUCCAGUGGAGAGAAGGUCCUCGAUCAAUGGUCUCGCACGUUCAUUUACAGUUUUUCCGAUCAAUGUACUGGGCGCGACUUGCUACUUGCAUCGCCUCAAUGGAUUGUGCGGCCGUCACCUGCCGAUCUUCCUGCGGGCGUAUGGGAAAAAAGCUCAUGGGACAACCUCACGAUACGGGCACAAGUAUGCACCCCGGAAUAUCGUACAGCUAGUCUGGCGGUCUCUGCAUCCAUUGAUGGCGCUGAAACGUCCAUGUCCUUCGAUAUAUCAGAGUUUGAGCGGCACAAUCAGCUUGUGUCAAAACAAGCCAUCGAUAUGGACUUAUUGAAUGACCUCACUUUUCGCAGUGGCAGUUGGGACAAGUACAUGGCCGUACCUCCUGAUGUCCACGGUUCUUUUGAGGGUAUAUCGUUACUUCUUGCUUCAACUUUCGCUCACAACGUGUCCAAUAUUUUGGAGAACGUCACUCUAGAGGCAGAAGCUAGCAAACUUCGGACACAAUUCACAAGAGAGCUUUUGCUAUCCUCUCUCAUAGAAGCCGACAACCCACAAUUCGAAGAUACAAAAGGGCUUGCUACACGCGUAAGGAGACGGAUUCUGGUCGUCACUGAGGUCGCAACAACACUAUCGGUGUUGUUUCUGCUCUUGGCAUGCUAUAUUGCAAUAGCAGUAUUCUACACAUCGCCCAGGAAAAGACCACUUAACCUCCAUUCAGAUCCUGCCACUAUUGCUGGAACAGCGUCCCUCCUUAGCAGUACUUCGCUUUCUUCUACCACGUCCAGUACAUUCGUUGGAUAUGACAGAUCACGCACACAAGGCAUCAUCCAAUCACGGGUUUAUAAUCUACAAGGCGGAAUCCUCUCGGAGAAGCGAUCGAUAGCUGAGUCGAUUGCAGAUGGAAAACCGAGUGCAUUCGGCAAGACAAGCGAGCUCUCCUCGAAAAAUGGCUUUCAAGAUGACUGGAGGCCUUCAAUGCUCCACAAAAGAUGGCUUCUUACAUUGCUGGCUACUCUCGUCGCUAUCGUCAUAACUAUGCUCGUUCUUCGCAAUUAUGCACGAGAAGAAAAGCUUUCCCAGACUGCAUUUACCUACCAGGUCGAUUUGGGUUUAUUCGACACGUCUUUUUCUCCUCACUCUGUCAUCGCAACGCUAAUAGCUGUUUGUAUUGGAUUGAGCUGGGAUGGUAUUGAUAAACCUAUGCGGAUUCUGCAGCCAUAUCUCUCCUUGUCGCGGAGGCCCUUAGCCUCAACACGAGGAGCAUCGUUGACAUACCAGUCUUCACACUGGAUAUGGGCCGCGGCAAAAUCAGCAUCGCGGAAACAUUGGAUGCUAUGUCUCAUAGCUACUGGUACAACCUUGUCACAAAUUCUUAUUAUCUCCAUGGCAGCCGUCUUCGAAAGACAGACCGCACUGAUCAGUCGAGGGACUUGGGACCCAUCCCAUAAUGAUGUACUUUGGGUGACAGCACCUUUUGAGCUUCUAGAAGAGCCUAUCGAAUUUUUCAACCCAGGCCAACGUACACGCAAUUUCGAGAUAAACGAGGAACUGUUGGAAUCAUCCACGAUUCAAUGGCUCUACCACGCAUUGGACGAGAUCGUUCUGGAAGCACCGCAACUGGCGUGGACUAAGGACGAAUGGACGUUUACUCCACUCGAUAUGGAAGAGCUGCCAAAUGUUACAGUAUCCUCAAAAUCGAGUUCCGGUUUUGGGAGACAUACAAGCUCGAAUGCUAUAGCGUCACCCGCAAACGCGUCUUUCAUUACUUCCGCUAUCCGAAGCCGAUUACAGUGCUCUCCGAUCGCCGUACCAGACUCCGGCUGGCUUGACCAAGCUGCAGACGUUUUUCCCAAUCGUACCAAUGAAACGCUGCAAGGAUUUGCACUACCGACUACUCUAUUUGACGGCAAAUUGUACAAUACGUCUGUCUUCUCGGCCCGAAGACGGUUAUCAUGCUGUACGAAUGGCACGGAUCCAGGUGGGCAAGCUGUCGUUGCGUACUGGAGCAGUAACAGCUCAAUGAUUGAACGGAUAGAUCCCAAUUUCUUCAUCCAAGAAUGCACUUCUGAACAACUUACCAAUGGCAACUGCACGAGUGCCAAUAUGCCGUCCGAUCCCCUCAGCGAGGAUGGUCCAGAAGAUGUUCUCGUUCAUGGCUCUUGGUACCGCAACUUCACCAUCAAGUGGAUCGUGGGGCCAGGUGUGACUGCGAACAUAUCUGGAGCUAAUCCAGCUGCGAAUCCUAAGGUACAACAAGUCAACCUACCGUACGCCUCUGCAGAUGAAGAGCUUCUCUACUUCACGGAAGAACCCAAGAUGGCCAUAAUGGACUGUAUCAUGGUUAUCGAAAAUACAUCCGCCAGUGUUACUGUAGCUAGGAGCUCUGGGAACGUUUUGGACUACAGCUUGGUGACUGACCCGCAGCCUGCUCUUGACGCCUGGGAGUACGCCUGGGACAUCCUCUACUCUGAUCCAACGUCCUACAAUGGAAGAGGAAAUGUCAGUUACGGCCAUUUAUUCAUGACGCAGCUCCUCACCGCCCCACACAUCAUUACACCUCAUAUGCCACAUUCCUGGCUCUCCUACAACCGCAGCAUCGAAGAAGCAGCAAGCGAACGCUUCAACAUUCGCGAUCGGGAUCGUGGUCUCAACGUCGACUUCAUGUCCUACGCCAACUGGAAUCUCGCGGGCAAAGACACCGAAUCCCUGCUAAAUACAACGACACUAUUGCGUCAUUCCGAGAAGACAUUACAAGUCUUCUUCAAACACUUUAUCCAUACCGGGUCGUCGAAUCUCAGCGGGCGCCGUUCAGUUGGAGAGCCUGAUAGAGCAGCUUACCAGCAAGUCUAUUCACCGGACCCUGUGAAUGGGACGUUUACGAAACGGGUUGAAGUUCUUGCUAUGAAUGAGACGGCGACGUGGCUCUCGCUUAUUAUACUCAUCCUACUUAUCGUCAUCCUGAUCGUUCUGAUCGUGAGCUUGCAGAUCGUAUAUCCGAGCUCAUGCAUGCAACAUCGCGUCGAGUGCUUGGCAGACGUACUGGCUAUGGUAGCUGGAAGCGAGGGACUGAUCAGUUUGAUUGAAGAGCAGGGGGUCGACGGCUUUGCCAAGAGUGGUAGGCUGACUAAGUUGGGUUGGUUCAAAGAUGCGAGUGGACAUGUUAGAUGGGGUGUUGAACUUGUGGAUGCAGAGGGCGUAGAAUGGGUUGAUGGACCGGAGGAAGCUGCCCCGGCUGGACACGAUGAAGAGUCAUCGAUUCGAAGCGGAGAAGUAGUCGAUGCGAAUAGUGCACUUUUGGAAAGCGAACGAAGGUCAUUUUCGCCACGAAAAUCCGUUCAAGAGCAAUAGACAGAGUCAAUGCUAAGACCCAGCAAUGUCGCCAACAACGCAUUGUGGCUAUAGAGCGACGAGACCUUUGACCCUUGCCUAGCUGGCCAUGUCUAUUCCGGUGCUGUCUACGUGUACCCCGUCUCCUAUCCCGACACGUGUUCGUCAGUCUACCAUACAUGCAUUCACUCGCCGAGCGCAAGUGAGGCAAGCGAGGCGGACAGGCCAGCCACACCGGAAACAUUCGGCAGCCAGGCCCGCGCCAACGCGUGUAGUACCGGCACUUUCCAUUCUCUUACCGUACCGAGGCCAUGCUCUGGAAUCUUGGGAAAAAGGAACGGUGGGUAGCGUCGUGUCCGCAGUGUAGUGUGGGGGUGAAACGACUAAGUGCUGUAGCCCGAAUUAGGAUGUCGCCCUAUGCAGUCAGACAAAAGCAUGAACGCAGGCUGAGGUCAGUGCUGGCGUCCUGCAUCACAUUUGCGGUGAACCAGUACAGGG